AUGGGCCAGAGUUGCCCGGUGCCCCGCAAGCUCGAGUGCCGGAGUUCCCAGGCCCCCGGCUCGCUGCCGCUGCCGGGCGGCGGGAGCGCGGCGCCGGCCGAGGGGCCCCGCGGCCCACCCAGGCUGGCGGAGGACGGCAGCUCCUCCCCGCACACGGCGUCGGGGCCGAGCGGGACCCACCCGGGGCUCCCCGAGCCCUGGGGGCCGGCCGUGCCCCCCUCCUCCGCCACGGGCCGCUCGCUCCGCCCGGGGGGAGACAAUGGGCACGAUGACUUCACCCUCCAGCAAUGUGAGCAGCAGCGGGGGACGCCGCCGACUUCCCCCCGGCCCCCAGGACGCUCUCGGGCCCUCUCCCCCCAGGGCUCGGGCUCCCGCCCAGAGGCGGCUCCGGCUCGGAGGUUCCGCUCCACCCCUCACCCGCCGCCACGCUCAGGGCGGCGGCCGCCGGCGGAGGCCCGAGCCGGGGGACGCCGCCACCGCCGGGCCCCUCGGCGCCCCCGCCCCGCCGCGGACCCACCCCCGGUACCUGUGAGUCGGCGGGAGGAAGCGGCGCUGCUCCGCCCGCCCGAGCCCGGCGCCGCGCAGGAAGCGCCUCCGUGUGUGUGA